UCCCCCAGGUGCUGACAUCAUGUGCACAGUUUAUUGAAGAACAUGGGAUUGUCGAUGGAAUCUAUCGCCUCUCGGGGAUAUCGUCGAACAUUCAGAAGUUGCGGCAGGAGUAUGACGCUGAGAAAACGGCGGACCUCACCCAGGAGAUUUAUUUGCAGGAUAUUCACUGCGUCAGCUCCCUUUGCAAAGCCUAUUUCCGAGAAUUACCCAACCCAUUACUCACGUACCAGCUCUACGAUAAGUUUGCAGAUGCGGUCAACACUCAGCUGGAGGAGGACAGACUGCUCAAGAUCUGCAGCGUCUUGGAGGAUCUUCCAGCCGGCCAUUACAGGACGCUGGAGUUUCUGAUGAGACAUCUGCUCCGAAUGGCCUCCCACAGCUCCAAAACCAACAUGCACGCUCGGAACCUGGCUAUUGUCUGGGCCCCGAACCUUCUCAGGUCCAAGGAGAUUGAGUCGUCAGGGUUCAAUGGAACGGCGGCAUUUAUGGAGGUCCGCGUCCAGUCCAUUGUGGUCGAAUUCAUCCUGAAUCAUGUGGAGCAGCUAUUCGACCACAAGAACCUCACUCCAGUUCCCGGUGUGCACUCCGACGACAGACGGAAGUCGCUACCUUCACCGUCCUCCGCUCCGAAUCUGACCAGCGAGGAGUCGGGACCGCGGAUCCUACCCUCCCAUAUUCCCCACAUGCUGCACAUGGGAGAUGGACCGCCUGCGAUCCGGCCAUAUCACUCCAUCAUUGAGCUGCCCGAGCACAGGAGGAAAGGAUCACUAAAGGUGAAGAAAUGGAAAUCAAUUUUCAAUCUCGGAAGAUCUGGAACAGAUUCAAAACGGAAAGCAUCCCGGAAUGAUGACCGAGAUAUCAAGUGCGAUACAAGGAACCUGCGGCCAGCAAAGAGUAUGGAUUCCCUCAGCUCGGUGCCUUUCACUGAUGAUGGCAGCUCUCCUGGCCUGGACGACCGCCAGCCCCACGGUAACCCCAGCGCCCGUCGUGACAGCUUUGGGUCAGUCCGCCUGUCCUCCCCGGACCACCGCGCCCCAGCGUUUUCCUCCCUGGACGCAGAGCUGCUGCUUGACCGCGGCGUGGCGGAGGCACCGGUUCUGCGCGUGGGCGCGGACUCUCCCCGCUCGGCCAAGGCGGCCAGGCAGAGGGCCGAAAAGCGGGUGGCGAUGCACAUCUCGGGCCCAUUCUCCGUCAGCCUCCCGGAACACGUGACCUCGCUGCUCAAAGCCACGGAGCACGGAGCCGUGGGCAUCAGGGGACCCGAGGAGCCACAGGAUCGGAGCAGCUCCGAGGAACAGGACAAUGACGAUGAGGAAGAGGUGGAGGAGGAGGAGGAGGAGGAGAAUGACGCUCCCCGUGAACUGGUUGCUGAGGAGACGCAAGUCGAACAGGAGGCAAUGGAUGGGCACGACCCUUUGCAGGGCCUGCCGAUCGGUUCCGAGAUCACCUUGGAGCUCCAGGACACGUUCUCAUUUCUUGAUACGCAGGACACCUUGGAGAUAGGGGACACUGAGACCGAUUACCCGGGGGAGCUGGGAAUGCCACUCAGGACACCUGAAGAAAUGGAGCCCUACGACUACUACGCCCAGAGCUACCACGAGAGGAGGGGGACGCUAGACAUGAGCAUCGAGUCAGAGCUGAUGGACCUGGACCUGGACCUGAGAGAGCUCAGGGCUUACGAUGCUCAGGUUCACUGUCAGGAGUUCUCUGUUGAGCCUCCUGUCGAGGAGGAGUGGAGCCUCAACGACAGCUAUGAACAUGCCUCAGCGGACAGUGGGACCCCUCACCACUGCCCCGCGGAGACGGCACGCUCAGGAAAGCAGUGUCAAGGGCCUGAGCUUUGUGCCACGGAUCUCAGAACUCCGAGCCCCCCCUCAGAGGCGGAGAAGGAGGCCAGGAACGUUGACUGUUCGACCGCGGCGCUCGCCGGCGGAGGGGAGCAUCCCGGCGAGAGCAGCUCCGGCUCGGGGAAGGCCGGCUGCUCGACUGUAACAUGCUGCGCCGAGCAGCUCGAUCCCGCUGCGGGGAGCGCAGAGUCCGGGAAUACCGGCUGCUCAGCGGUAGCGUGCCGUAACGAGCAGCUCGAUCCCGCUGCGGGGAGCGCAGAGUCCGGGAAUACCGGCUGCUCAGCGGUAGCGUGCAGUAACGAGCAGCCCGAUCCCGCUGCGGGGAGCACAGAGUCCGGGAAUACCGGCUGCUCAGCGGUAGCGUGCCGUAACGAGCAGCCCGAUCCCGCUGCGGGGAGCCCAGAGUCCGGGAAUACCGGCUGCUCGGCCGUAGCGUGCCGUAACGAGCAGCCCAAUCCUGGCACGGGGAGCAGAGAGUCCGGGAAUACCGGCAGCUCGGCCGUAGCGUGCCGUAACGAGCAGCCCGUUCCCGGCGCGGGGAGCCCAGAGUCCGGGAAUGCCGGCAGCUCGACCAUAGCGUGCCGUAACGAGCAGCCUGAUCCUGGCACGGGGAGCCCAGAGUCCGGGAAUACCGGCGGCUCAGCGGUAGCGUGCCGUAACGAGCAGCCCGAUCCCGGCGCGGGGAGUGCCGGCUGCUCGACUGAGGGAACCUUCACCGUACAGGAUGAAACGGACGGGGAGGUUGGCCGGCCAGCGUUGACCCCCAGCCCCGUCAGCCUGGCACCGUCCCCGGGCAGGAUAUACCAAGCCCGCUCGCUGCCCGUGGUUCCCCCGAAGCCGCAUUACGCCAAGCUGCCCCUGGCGCUGAAGGGUAAGAGGAGGACGGAUAACCCCACCCACCCUGAGGUCAGACCCCGCCCACCAGCGACUGACCACGCCCACUCUGGACCCGAGACACGCCCUGCAUUGACAGACCCCGCCCACCAAGAGAUCAGGUCCCGCCCACCGUCGGCCGACCACGCCCACUGUGGUCCCGGGCCACGCCCCGCAAUGACAGUGCCCGCCCACCCAGACUUCAGGCCCCGCCCACCAACGUACGACCACGCCCACCAUUGUGCAGAGCCGCGCCCUCGGUCGACAUUGCCCGACCACCCCGAGGAUAGGCCACGCCCGCCGCGGACUGACCACGCCCACUGCGGUGCAGAACCACGCCCUCCGUCCGCAGACCCCGCCCCUUCCGAUGACCAGCCCCGCCCACGGGACGCGGACUUUCCCGAGGACAGGCCACGCCCCUGCGCGCUAGGCCACGCCCCCGCCGGCGAGGGGCCACGCCCCCAGUGUCCAGAGGCCGCCCCCUCCGAGCCGCUGACCCGAGCCCGGGCCUCGGCCCACGCCUGGCGCACGGCCGCCAGCCUCUCCUUCGACGAGGCGGUGGCGCUGGCCAAGCGGCGGCGUGGGCGGCCGGGGGUGCUGCAGCGCGGCGACUCGGCGCCGGACGCGCCCCGGGGGGCCCGCGAGCGCCUCAGCGUGCCGCACCUGCCCAGCGAGAGGGCCGUCGGGGCGGCUCGCUGCCGCUCCCUGGUGCUGGAGGCCGAGGAGGCGCCGUGA